GAUCUGGAUCCACUCGAAUAACCCCAACUCCCCACACACUCUCUCACUGCCACUUACCCUUCUUUUCUUUUCUUUUCUUUGUUUUUUACUUAUAACUUCAAAGAACAGAGAGAGAGAGAGAGAGAGAGAGAGAUAAAAAGAAAGAAAUUUCCAAGAGACGGAGGCAAGACUUGAGAGCUCCAAAGCCUUCAGCUUUGACUGCUCAAAAUAGCUCCAGAACCCAAAACCGGCAGCAGCAGUGAAGCAAUUGAUGGUACCUCUGCUGCUGCUGCUGAUGCUCACAGGCUUGAAAGAAAGGCGGUGGUUUGGCUUUUGUAGUAAGUUUGAAAGCUGAAAGCUCAAAUUCAGAGACAGAAACAGUAGACUUGAGCCCUUUCUAACCCUUUUGCUAGUCAUCUCGUCAGAAGAGAAAGAUAAAGGCCAAAGUCCCUAAAAAUCACAAUCUAUCCUCUCUUAUAUGGGAAUAAGAGAAAGAGGGAAGGAUAAGAGAGACACUGCACUGCUGCUAACUGGUCACAAGUUAAUAGGUAGAGUUUGUGGUUGAGAAAGAAGUUUUACUUGUAAAGAGCUUACUCAAAACACUAAAUUACGCACUCUCUCAAAAAUCAAAAUCAAAGAAGGAAAGUAAAAGUAUACAGCAACUAAACAUUAUUUGGAGAGUGUUGGGGGUUGGUGUAUUUCCAUUAUGGAUGGUUAUGAAGCAACCAGAAUUGUGUUCUAAAUCCAAAACUUAGAACCAGAAAAUGCUUCCAAAAAUGGUCUGCUGCUCAUUCAAGAUCACGGCGAGAAGGAGAUGAUUCGUUUAGCCUUUGGACCUGAAGCUUUAGUUCACUCAGUAGUUCUCAAGGCAAAAAAAGAGCUUGGUCUUCCCACUAACUCUCCUACUACACCCUCAACUCCAUCAUCUCCAUCUCCUUUUCUUGCAAACAACCCAAAUCCUGUUACUGUUUCAAGACAAAGCUCAUCUGCUUCCAGGUUUCUAGGGAACGGUGCUGGAGUCAAUCUUCCACCCUCUCUCGCGAUCCCUACCAACCCUUCUACAUCUUCUGGUAGUUCAUCUUGGAGUGCUUUAUCUGAUCUUCCUAAUCAUGACGAGUUGAUCAGUCCGAGCAGUGGGUCUUUAAAUCCUUCGUCUUUACCCUUCUAUGGAAAUGGAGGAGCUACUGAUAUUAUUGAUGAGUUUCAACUUCAAGACCAACUAUCUUUUCUCAAUGAAGGCUCACCAAAUCUUAACCCCAAAAACCAUGAUUUGUUCUACUCACAAGCAGCUGACUUAUCCUCAAGUUCAGCUGCUACUGGUUGUGGCAGCACUGACACCAUGGGUUUCCCCUCGUAUUGGGGAAGCUCUUUUCACAGGAAGAGUAGCUCUGUGAGCGAUAUUUUGGGAGCUGAUGACCCGGCUUCAGGGUUUGGGUGGAGACCCUGCUUGUAUUUUGCUAGAGGGUACUGUAAAAAUGGGAAUAAUUGCAGAUUUAUCCAUGGUGCGCUCGGGGAGUCUGGUUCAAUGGUUGCUGGUGCAGAUGGUACUGCCAUGGUUGGGUCACCUAACAAGGUUGAGAUGAUGGACCAGUGCCAUGAGUUACUUAGAUCUAAAUCCGCUCAGCAGCAAAGGUUGGCUGCUGUGUCUCAGCUCAUGGGUUCUGCUUCUUUUCCUUACUCCCCAAAGUGCAUGAAUUUGUUUCUUCAACAGCAACAAAAUGAUACUCAGAGGGCUGCAGCGGCUUUGAUGAUGGGUGAUGAUAUGAACAAAUUUAACCGUUCCAGGCUUGAAAGGAACGGUUUUUCCAUAAACGGUGAAGCAGGAAUGAUAAAUCCAGCGUCAAGACAGAUCUACUUGACUUUCCCAGCUGAUAGCACUUUCAGAGAGGAGGAUGUGUCAAAUUAUUUCAGUAUUUAUGGACCGGUUCAGGAUGUGAGGAUACCAUACCAACAAAAGAGAAUGUUUGGAUUUGUUACUUUCGUUUAUCCUGAGACUGUGAAGAUCAUUCUGGCUAAAGGCAAUCCUCAUUUUGUUUGCGACGCUCGGGUUCUGGUGAAGCCUUACAAGGAGAAAGGAAAAGUCCCAGACAAGUACAGGAAGCAGCAGCCGCCACAAGUGGAGAGAGGAGAGUUCUCUCCUUGUGGUACUCCAACUGGCCUUGAUUCCAGAGACCCAUUUGACCAUCAGCUUGGAGCAAGGAUGAUUUACAAUUCCCAGGACAUGUUAUGGAGGAGAAAAUUGGAGGAGCAAGCUGAUCUCCAGCAAGCCCUUGAGCUUCAAAAUAGAAGGUUGAUGGGUCUGCAACUUCUUGAUGUCAAGAAGCAUCACCAUCACAGGGCUCUCUCUAGUGGAAGUCCCAUUCCUUCACCUACUCACUCACCAAACCUGUUCAGCCAGUCCCUUGUGCUUCCUCAAUUUCACAAUAGUCAAGAAGCUCCACAAGAGAAUUGUUCAAGCCCUGUGCCCGCUAUAUCUGUCACUGCUCCCGAGAAACAAGUAGCCGGUACUGCAAAUGCUGCUGGUAAAGAAUCAGCCAGUACUGAAGAGAAUGGUAGUGGCAAGGACCCUCAUUGUGAAAACGGUGAUCUGCUAGAAAAUUUGGAGCACAACCUUCCAGAUAGUCCUUUUGCAUCUCCUACAAAAUGCUCUGGAGAGUACUUGCCAGCUUUCUCCAAUGCUGAUGUGGAUAAGGAUGCUUCAGUCACGGCUUCUUCUGUUAACAGUAAUUGGGUUUCUUCAACCUUACUACCUGCAAAUAAUGCCUUAGACUUGGCAUCCUUCAACUCCUACAACUGCCAAAUGCCCAGGUUCUCGUCUGGACCUGGGACCAUUGGUAUGUAUGCGGGCACUGGUGGCCCGACUUGCCCUGUUGGAAUUUAGCUUCCUGUGCUUAAGGAAGCUUGAAAGUAUAACCAAACAACAAAAAAUCACAUCAGAGAUAUGUAGAGAGCCGCCACUACAAUCCGAACCCUCAACCAUCGUCAUCAUCGUCAUGAAAUACUAUACUACUUACUACCAUACAAAAUGCAUACGUAAAAGGCAUUGAAGGAAGUGGGUCAGCCAUUCCUUUCUUUUGUUGUAAUAUUGUUAUCUAUUGUUUCAGUAGUUGAAGUUUGGACCACAGGUAAAAAGCACAGAAGAAAACAAAAAGGAUCACACAGUCAAUGUGUAGUUGUAACUCCCCUUGAACUGUAAUUUCUUUCCCCUCCCUCCUUUUUUCCAGCACUGAUGGUUUCCCUGGAAGACACAAGGAAAAGCCCAUAUUUAGUUCUUUAGUUA